AUGAGCAGAAUGCCCUCUGCCGUAAAUCCCGCAGGCCCACAACCGGGAAUGUCCCAUCCCGUGCGUGGUAUGCCUAUGCCAGGGCCUCAUGAUCGUGACAACGUGCUUCCUGCACCCGGUCCGGGUUCCAUUCCGGGUCAUUUGUUUCCCGCAAUGGGUGUUAAUCCUAAUGCACCUCACCACAUACCCGGAAUGAUGCAGCACGGACAUCCUCACCAGUUCAAUCAUCAUCCAAUGUUAGCGCUGUAA